GUUUGAUUAUCUACUCAUAAUUCAGUUCUGAGAUUCCCCAGACCUACAAUGAUGCUGCGAGUUCUGAUCUUCUCUGCCCUCCUUUGCCUGGCGUUGGCCCGUGGCAGCAGCGAAGAAAGUGGCUCUAAAGAGCACCAUGGUGGGGAUAGUAAUGAAAACCAUAUGGAGAAUCAUAGUGGGAAGCGGGGCCACUGCCCAGUUGUUCCCUCCGGUAAUAACGUUACCCUUGAUUCCUGUAACACUACUUGCCCCGGGGGCGCCAACUGCUCUAACAUUGAGUGCUCCUCUGACACCAACUGCACCGGAAUCCAGAAAUGCUGCAACGUCACCUGUGGAAUGAAAUGUGUCAACCCCAUAUACAAGACACCUUGUGUGCAGGAUGCAGACUGUGCUGGAACCUCAAUCUGCUGCAGGGGGCGCUGUGUCUCUCCUAAGCCCCCCAAGAAAGGGUCAAGAGAAAGGUACAACAAACCCAGAUGUGGCUGAGGAGGGAGGAACCAAAUGACUGAGGAGUCAGAGCACAAACAGGAUUGGCAGAAACUUGAUGUAUCAUUGCAAUACUGGCUGAAACAAUAAACUAUAGCAAAUCUUAAA